CCGGGGAACACUGCGCCAUGCCACGGAAAGUCAACUUCAGCGUGGUGCAAGUCUCCGGUGAGGAUGACAACUUUCCAGCAGCGGAGUUAAAUGUGCACGGCCCCACCGUCAAAGGAUGGCUGUCGAAAAAGUACGCGACUUACCCUCAGGAAAUCAUCAUUCAGAUGGAAGUCAAAUGCCGAAUCUGCAGGAUACAAAUUCUCUCCCAUCAGUACUGCAUAGCGACGACAGUUGACAUUUACGUUGGAAACGUGCCCAAAGGAUUGGAGGUAGCUCUGUACAAUGCCAGAUGGACUCAUCUGGGGGAAGUAUCCUUGGCGGACAACCUCCACAGUGAGUACAAAUCCCGCGAACUGAAGUCCGUACUGGUGGAUGCGGUGGGAGACUUCGUGAAGCUUCUCAUCCAUGCGAAUCACGUCAAUAAAUACAACGUCUACAACCAGGUCGGGAUUGUGGCUAUUAAUAUAAUUGGCGACGAUGUAUUUCUCGAUGGUGGCGGAGAAGAAGAGAAAUCGACGUGGCAAACGAUCAUUAAACGGAACGAAGAAAUAUCUCCCAUGGACGACCUGGCCUUUGACAUGUACGUGGACACAGAAGUGGCGCAGAUUUUGCGCAAGCUGGAAGCGAAGAAGCGCGACGCUAUCGCGGAAGAACGCUUCGUUUUCGCCAAAAAGCUGAAAAAUGCUGUCGUGGAACUCCAGAAGGUUGGCGAGAAGCUGGGUAAGAUGGUGAUCGAGAAGCAAAUGGCGGUCGAGAUGGAAGACUUCGAUAAGGCUCGCCAAAAGAAGAAACAUAUCGAGGAAUACCGCCUCAACGCCUACGAGCACUUGCGACUACCCGAGCUGAUGGAGAUGGAAGGAUACAAUCCGGAACGGGACUCCGCAUUGCCAGGUCCCGUGCCGUCACCGGAGAAGCCAGGCAAGGGCCAUCAUGUUACCAUGGAGGCAGCACCUUCUCUGCAGGAGCCAACUCACAGGUGUCAGCCAACAGAACCCGUACAGCAAACGACGCAGCGCCAAGCGGCAACGUUAAAGGCGCAGAGGAAUCCUUACCUUGCCCUAGAGAACAGGGUCGUCGCGGGACACAGAAGAGCUGAUCCCGAAGAGGACGGAAAAGAACUGGUCUUGGGCAGGAUGUCCCUGAAAGAUCGUCAGGAAGCCGCACUCCCCAUCGAAGUCUUUGGACUGCGACUGGUUCAAAAAUUAUACUCCAAGAACUUCAUCCAACGCGAAGAAGCGUUCAAAGAAAUGCAGCGAUUCCUGGAACGCUACAACGCCCGCCGAAGUCGUCAUACGCCAGAGGACGUUCUCAAAGGGACCACGUUCCUGCUGCAAAGGGGCGUUCGCGACAAAGUGCUCUCAGUGUUCAUACAAGCAUUGAACUUAAUGCAAACAUUGUUCACGCGCUUUACGUUAGCUCAGAGGAUAUCGAAGGGCGAUGUCACUGUGGCUGUCAACAAGACUGUGCCCCGGAUCUUGUACAGAACAGGCGACACGGCACCGCGAGUUAAAACUGUGGCUACAGACUUCCUCCUGGAAAUGGGAGACUACGAGGACGUUAAGGCAAUGCAGGCGAUGCUGCAUAUCAUUCUGCGACCCUUUCCGGAGUCGACAAACCCAAGACUCGCGCAAGGUCGCUGCGAGCUCGUCGAACAGAUGGUUAUGCGCUUCCCGCCUUUGAGCCAGAGCGAUCCACUAUUCGAGCACAUGAUGGCUUUUGCGAUAAGGGCACUAUCGCACCCUGCCUUGCAAGUGCGCGAAGUGGCCGAACAGGUCCUCCUAUCCCUGUACAGGCUGCUGGGCACUCCCGUCAGACAGUGCCUGGUGCCGGAGUCCCACAAGACUGCCCGUAACUUCACCUACAAGAAGGUGUUCGAAGAGUUCGAGAAGAUAGACAAAGAACCCAACAGUGCAAACCGUGCGAUUCGUCGCCAGCGAUCUGCGUCGGCCGACACGCCGAGCUCGGGGUCGGGAAGACGUGAAUUUGUCAAGGAUGUGCAGCCAAGUCGAUCCCUCCAGGAGCUUCCGAGGCGGACGCAGGAGCAGUCUUUCAACCUAGACAAGAUGUGCAUGUUUUGUGAAGAAACAAACGAGAAAUUUAACUCUGAGACGCUCAAUUACCACUACUGGACAGAAUGUCCCAUGCUCAUGCUUUGCUACAACUGUAAGCAGGUAGUGGAGAUUUCCGGCUUGACGCGUCACCUUCUCGAGGAGUGCAUCUCCCGUGGGCAGUACAGGCUCUGCAUCCGUUGCAAGGAGGCCAUCGCCAAGACGCGUUUCGAAAGCCACGUCAAGCUAAAGACGUGCAUACCUGCGAAGCCUCCGCACCAGGCGAACCACUGUCCUUUGUGUCACCAGAACUUCGCUGCUGGGGAUGAAGCGUGGAAGGUGCAUCUUAUGGGAGAGAUGGGCUGCGCCUUCAACCCUCGGCGGCGGCAAAAAUUUUUUCGUUGGCGAUCAGGGUCCGUCUGGGAGCCAGACUACAGCGUGUCCGUGUCCGACACCAUGGCUGGGAAGCUGAAGAUCCUCGGGGCUCUUCCGCCAGAGUAUCGGCAGUACACGCUUAACCACUCGAGAAGCAAAUCAGAACCAGCCCCUUCAAAACGGAACUCUGGGACGCAAACGAAUGAUGAGGAUGAAGCCGCUGAACCGGUGAAACAGCAGUAAUCCGCAUGCAUUGUCGUCGUCCAGUGUACAUAGAAACAGGACCGGAUACAAUUUGCUUUUUUUGUGUCCCCCCUUGGGCAAAUGUUCGCUCCCUGCUUUUCUCGUUCCCUUCACGAGGAGCAUUGCUGUGUAUUAUCACACCCAGUACCGUAUUAAAAAGCUAAUGUCUAAAGCUGCCUUAUUUAGUUAGGUACAAGGUACGAUGACCAUGUCACUAGUCCUCAGCCUUUCGAAAAA